AUGCCACCCGGACGAGCAGAGGGUGGGGACAAAGGGCUGUGCAUAGAGGACUUCAGAUCCCCAGCCUACCUCACCAGUCCGACGACGCUGAAAAAGUUGCGCAUGGACGCCGAGUUAGAAGCCCUGAUGGCAAGACAAGUAGUCGCCUCCACAGCUGGUACUCGCAAGAGUGCUAAAUCAGCACAUGAAGAAGUCGGUUGGUUGAGUAGAGCGAGACAAAACAGAUACCCGGCUCAACUCCUGCCCCAGAGAGUAAAGGAACCAAAGGAGGCCGUUGGAGACUACGACCCCAAUCGAUUGGUGACCAUUGUGCGCCAGGGACUGCGUUCAACUGGAGGCAUGGACUGGCGGCAUUACGUGCGGGGCGAGGCCUCGGAGGUGCCUGGUAAGUUGCUUCCCAAUUGCACCUGUACUGACGGUAAGCCAUUGUUUCCGGGAUCGUAAACCGAUAUGAUCCACACUUUGUAAUCAACGGGUGGGUCAGCACAAUUGGAAGAGUUUUACGGCUUGAUUGUCCAGUGACAAAGACUUCCAGGAUAAGGUUAACUUUUAGACUUGGCUCGAUCAGACAGAAUAUUUAGUAUAGCUUCUGCUCACCAUGACAGUUACGCCGAUGUCAGAUCAGAUUUAUGAAGGGAAAAGUAGGCGAGCGCCUUUGAACUCCCUUUUGGUUACAAUAACGUCAUAAAAAAACAAUGUGUAAGGCAAGUGUGAAAAAAAUUAGGUAAGUAAUUACAUACAACAAACAUUGGUCACUGGUAUGAAUUUGUCUGUGAAUGCCUUCUAUGUCAAAAUUGUACAAUAUCCAGUACGGUACUGAAUGGACCAAGUACUAUCAAAGCAAGCGCAUAUGUGGCGGUCAGGAGAUAGCGAAAAUUGUAAAACGUAAUGUUACUAAAAUAUAGGGAGUAGCAUGCUUUGUAACAUAAAACGUUGGAUGGGGCGGGUGGCACAUGGGGGAAUUCGUUAGUUUCUGAUGCUGUGGAGGUACAUAUCCCUGUGCUGGUCAAGCGUUGGGAAAGAUGGCAUACCUGAAGAAUUCGGCCGUGGAUUUAAAGGGGUUAUGUGGCUGCAUUUUGCCGUACCAGUAGGGGGAAUCCUCGCUCAACAGCGAAAUUCAACAGAGGAGGCCAAUAAGCUUUCCGGCAGUACUAGAUGUUUGAAUUCCAUAAUAGUUGUGGGUCCACAACCAGCGGACAGAUGUGACGACCCGUGAACAGACUAUUACAGCAGGCAAGGUAGUUCAACUAGCUUAUAACUACCCUUCCCGCUCUUCUGAAAUAACCUAUCCAGACCACUUACAAAACGGGCGGUUUACGGUCUCGCCAUGUGCCCACUGCCGCAUUCUGCUUGGGUUUCUUCACACUGAAUUACUUCCAAGUAGGCGUACAAAAAGACGACGUACCGGACCAGCGUUCGCUCCGCCUUUCUGCUGAUCCGGCGUGUGGGUUGAGUCAUGCACUCUUCAUCCAACCUCAGAUUGUUGUUUCAUGAGGUCAGGGUUUGCUGGAGCAAAAGUAAUAUCUGCAUACCUAAGUGCGUGAAAACAUCGGCCUCACCCCCUCCCCCCUGUUCCCCCAUCUACACACCGGUGAGGCUGUCCGACAAAUUCCACCGACAGCUGACGAGGUUGAGCGCAAAUAUUUGGCUUCGACAAUGUGUGCGUCAAGCCAAUAGGUAAGAACUUGCGCAAAGUUACCACGGCUGGAUCAACGCAAACCACGAGCCAAUGUUGGGCUCUUUUUGGUUCAACACGGCAGGUAUGAUUAGUAUGGGGUGGGGGGUGAGGAGAGGGUAUCUAUGAGACAGACCAACCAGGAAUAAAACGGCUCACUAAUUUUUGCAGGAAUCUGACUAGUACUGGUGGAGAGCUGUCAUUUGACAAUGUCCGGUGCGAUGGUGGACGAUGAGGAGGUUCACAGAGACCACAGGUCAGGGAAGCGGAAUUUUCGGAAAGAGAUUGUGUCCGAGUGCACAAUCAGGUAGGGAGCGGAUGCAAGGAGGUCCCUGGUUGUACAUCAAGAGGCCGCAAGCUCCAGCUGGAAGCCAUGAAAUGGAGGCCACCCUGUAGUCGGCAGGAGUUACCGUGAAGAGGGAACCAUUGCAGCCUCACCCUUACCCCUACCCCCGAAGGGAGGGGAGACAGUUAUCCAGUCAGUCAGCAAACUUCCCAGUCAUCACAGGCAUUGGCCCGUCUCGCAGCCUAGAUAAUUUCCCAGUGCCAGUUUGGCGUCAAACUAACUAACAACAACGUAGUUCGUUGUGGAGGACAACAAGUUAACCUACUUACACCUAACAUUAUGGCCACUGACGUCAAUGACGCCGUCGGAACAGCCACCACACUAAACAAGAACAGAACAACCCGGACUGACAUAAAAACAACACAGUGACACAAAUAUAAGCAAGCCAAAUACGACGACGAUGACGACAACCACUAUUAUUACCAUCACCAGUCUCAUCUAACUACGGUCAUAGACCUCGAAGGGCACUGGUUCCAACUGGUUGUGAGUCAUGAAUGAAUAUGCAUUAAUUACCCCAAGUAAAAUGACUCUAGCCUGCUUAAAGUCCCCCCCCCUCCACACUGUCCUAUGUUUUUUCUGAUAAACCACUCCAGUCACCAGCUGGGAUGGCGUUUCGGUGACUAAUCGACUUAUUUGCUGCCGCCUCAUCGAGGAAUCCUGGGAGAUGCCAGAUGUGGACGAUGGCGCAAGCACGACAAACAGAGAUGCCACAGCGUUAACAAGGCGGGAGGGAAGCGUCCUACAGAAGACAACGAUUGAGGAUGGAGGGAAGAAGUCAGCCGCGACAGAAACAGCACUACCAUCAUCAGUCAACAGCAGUAGAAGUACGGUUUGUUUGAAAUUUACGCAUAACCCCAUUGGCUUAUAUCAGAGCUUCCAAAUAAAUGUGAGAUAUUGAAAGUGCUCUAGGAAAAACACGCCUAGUUUAUUUUGGGUUUAGGAGCUAGAAGUUAGACGCGGUCUUUGGCGGCUUUUACGGUAGUGUGAUGAAACUACGAGAGAUACUGUACUUAAUUUCAUUUAACAAUUUCGGAGUAAAUUAUGACGCCGAGUACAUAUUACCUACAGUUAUGUUCAAAAUACAAGCAAGAUGCUAGCUGUUACACACUUUCACAAAGAUGCACUUUCACACCACAACAAUUUGAGUUUUGCCGCCAAUUCCUCGAAAGUACACUCUGAGCAAAAAAUGCAAUAGAUGGUCACCCGUAUGGCAGAUAGCUUUGAAAGUUCCGAGCACGCUUACGCAGUCUAGGUGAAUGAACACAUCCCUGUGUUAUUUUUUACGUGAAGGGACUGUGGUCACCCGUUCAUGAUCUUUACGAUCCCAGUUCGGAAGAAAUUAAUUCCGAGAAGCUAAACAGGCCGGUGCGUGUCUCCUCCCGAGUGAACAGAUUGCUAAUGUCAGAUACCCACUGA